AUGAACGAGAAGGAGAAGGAGAAGAAAAAUGCAUCAGAAGAAGACGCUUUACACAAAAGUAGCAGCAGUAGAAUCAGUCGCAUCAGAAGUUUAUCAGAUGAAUCAAGUGUUUUAUUGUCUCCAUCGCAUCGUCCCGACCAACGUCCGAGAUUUGAUUCCAAGGCGUCAUGGGCUGAUUCCACACGUUUUGACAUGGGACGAGCUGAUUCCCGAGCUUCGGAUGUGUCUGCAAAAGAGUUGAGACUUACGGGUUUUGAUAGAAGAGUCUCUUUGAGUCACAAUCGACAACGAUCGGAUUCAAGAACGUCUCGAUUGUCACGAACGAGUAGUCGCUCAAGUUUAAGCAGUGGGUCAGUGAGAGGUCGUGAAUCGUCAUUUGUAUCGAAUUUUGGGGUCACGAAAGGUAAAAAACGUACCGACAGUAACGCAUUGUCGACGAUUACGGAGAAUUGGAACUUGGAUGAUCAAUUUGGGAGUCCGUUUACGGAAUUUGAUGCACAAGAGCAACCUAUUCGAGAGGAGUUACAACGUGGAUUGGCUAUUAUUAAUGAUCAUACAACAAAACUAAAGGAGAUUGAGGACGCAAUUACAGCGGCAAUGUCGGAAGUGUGGGGAUACUGGGCAGAUCCUAUUCAACUGUAUCUUCAUCCAGCUGAGCGCGUGGAUGUUCAGGAUCUGAUUAAGACAGAUAAUGAGCUAUUCAACAAGGUUCUUACGGUGUUUUCUGUGCUGUGCGACGAAAUCUCGGAACUCAAAGUGACGGUGGAAGACAACUUUUACCCGGCACUGAUCAUGUUUGGUCAGGCACGCCAUGGAGAGGAAGGCGACGUGAAAGCUGGUGAGGAUGAAGUCCACAUUGGACGCAUGCUUGCGUUCUUCCAGGACAUAUCGAACUUUGUGGACCGAUGCAACGCUAUCACCAUCAACAUGAUCCACCAGCUCGCGAGUCUGUAUCAAAGUUUCCAGAAAUUGUGGAAGUCCACGUUUAAGCUUGUACACCUUCACCCCGUGUUUGACGCGCUGGCAAGUUUGCUUGAAGUCAUGGUCACUAUCGAUGCUAUUGUUAUUGACAACCCGAACAUCAUCACGUCGUGGGACAAAUAUAAACGCAUGAUGCAGUAUGUGCGCUCAGACCCACCCCGGUACAACGUUACAGUAGACAAAGUGAAGCAAUUUGAACGACUUCUCGUUAGUCUGGACCAGACGAUAAUGAGUGCACAGGUUUUCCAAAGCUGUAUCGAACAAGAUUUCGAGAUUUUCUCUGGAGGCGACGUCGCGGACGAUGAAGACAAUUCUGAUGGGAGUGACAGCGAGCGAGGCGGUAGACGUGCAAGCAGUAGUGGAGGAGAGUCCAGGAUUGACAUUCGCACGAACCGGGUUUUUCUGGAUGAAUUUGUUCAUUGUAUCAGUGCUCGUUUGAGCCUUGCCGAGGGUGCAAUUACGUCAGCCACAGAAACGUUUGAAAGAAACGAUCUUGUUGGCACAGCGGGAUUGUACGUGCUACUUCGCCGACUUCAGCCGUCUAAUGUUCCGACAGACCCUGUGCUGUACAAAAGGCUGUGGGAAAUGCAGCAGAAAGCUCCUUGUGUGACCAUUUGCGGUAAGAUCAUGUGGUACAUGCCAGACUUUUUGUUGAAGUACUCGCCUAUGACAUCGAAGAAGCUUUACCCCACCGACAUUGUGCAAUUCCGUCGUGAGUACUUGCAUUCGAUGGACGAUGCCUUUCCAACUGAUGUAACAACCGCCAAGUUGGAGUUAAGUGCGUGGCUUGUUCGUAUGGAGUCAUUUUUUCAGCCGACAACGCGCGGGAUGGGUGAUGCGUCACGAACUUUGAGCAUUCGUGGCAACUUAAUUCUCAAGGGCUUAAUUCUAGCGAAACGAGUGCAGACUAUGAUGCACACGCUUGUCAACUUGCACCUUUCGCUUCAAAUUCCGAUGCCCAAGCGGGUGGUAAGACCGUUGUACACGUGUAUUGAGAUCCUGAAGGCAGUUGAGUUUAUGUUUGCGCGGAAGAAUCCUAUCCUGGCCGAGUCAUCGUCACACUUGCUGCGCCAAGUGGCACACUCGUUGUUCUCGUCUUUUCGUCCGCUGAAGGCUCAUUUGGAAGCGAGCAAAAAGUUCGAUGACACGAAGCUAGAUGUUCUGGCCGCCGUGACGGUGCUAGAAGAUAUACUUAAUUCUGGGGAGUCUUUUUCGUACACGCGUAUCACAGUUGUUGAUCUCGCGGCUCAAAUCGCGAUGAUAUCACCGGAAAACGGUAGUGAUGCUAGUGAGAAGGGUGGCGAUAUGGACACUGCGAUCCCCAUGGGUCUUAAGGAUGCCGAUGAGCCUGUGAAGCUCAUUUGGAAGCUACGUCUGCUGAGUGAUUUUCAGCGCAAGAUUCGAAAUGCUUGCGAUUGUUCCUUCUUUUACUGGAGUCGCGAGUUAUUGCACCCUUUUUUGUCGGAUAUUUACCGUCAACCUGAACAAGUCAAUCGAAUCCAGUAUAUCGCUGGUGGCUUUCUUGACGCGAUAAAGCUGUUGCGUGGUGCGCAGCACGAGACGAAUAAUGAAGUUUAUGUAAAUGCAUAUGCAGAGUUUAUCGAGUCAGUCAUGGAAGAGGAAAUUGUGGAAAAUUUGUGCAAGGACGUAGAAAAUGAUCUUCGUCUGCACGUGCAUUCAGUCCACUUGGAUCACUUGGAUGCACCCAACCCGAAGAACGCUGACUUCAAGGUACUCCACUACUACCUCGAUCUGCGACCCAUUCGCCUUCACGGAAAGACGCUUGAUCUACGUCAGCAAGUUACGCAUUAUCUCGAGAGCACGUUUUACAAUUUGACCACUGUUGCACUACACGACUGGAAAACGUACGGUGAGAUGCGUAAUUUGGCUAACGACAAGUAUGGUUUGAGUCUCGCAGAUAAUCAUCUUCCCAUGGGUUCGCUCGACCAGGGACUGGAUAUUCUACAGAUCAUGCGCAAUAUUCAGAUAUUUGUUGCGCGUUACAAUUACAAUCUGAACCAGCAAUUCUUCUUGGAGCGACGCAGCGACAAAGGCUCUCGGCACCUGAACUCGAUUAAUAUCCAUUCGAUCGCGAGCUCGAUCCGCACGCACGGCAUGGGCAUCAUGAAUACGACUGUAAAUUUUACGUAUCAGUUUCUGACGAAGAAAUUUGACAUCUUCUCACAGUUCCUAUUCGACGAAUACAUCAAAAGUCAUUUGCAGCGCGAGAAACGCUGGUACAAGAAGCACCGUGACGACAAGGAGGUAGACAACAAAUAUCCUUUUAACCGAGCGUUCCAGUUCAACAAGGAUAUUCGAAAACUAGGCGUCUCGGAUUCAGGCAAGACGUUCCUAGACCAGUUCCGCAUGCUGAUCACUGAGAUUGGCAACGCACUAGGCUACGUGCGUAUGGUGCGUUCAGCCGGCAUGAACUAUUGCAGCAAUGCCAUUAAAUUUGUACCGGACCUGAACCACACGCACUUUAAGUUUGAAGCCUAUGCUGGCGACGGCGUCGUUUUAAAGAAUGAAAAGUCAGGUGAGGUAGUCAGGGACGAAAUCGUGGGUGCUAAGCUAUCCCGUGAGACUGUGGUGGCGGCUCGCAACCUCGAUUCGGUUAUCUCGACGCUGGCCAAGAACUUUUCGGAAAACAAUGACUACUUCAAGGUGCUGGUAAAGGUAUUUCAGGACGUUACUGCGAGCGAUGAGCAAAAACAUUUAGUCAACUUCUACGCCAUUCUUCCGGCGCUUACCAUCAACUACGUCGAGACAACUGUACAGGCGAAGGACCUCAUGUAUAAGAACACACGUCGACGAGAGUCGUACUUUUCGGAUGACGGAUUUGCGAUCGGGGUUGCCUACAUCCUCGCUAUUCUGGACCAAGGAGACCAAUUUGACGCACUGCACUGGUUCGAAGAAGUGGAGCGCAAGUACAAGAUCGAGGAAGAAGCCUACAACGAGAAGCAAAGUGAGCGUGAGGCCCGCAAGCGCGAGCAGGUGGCUAAGAAGCAGAAGGAGACUACUGCCGAGUUGAUUGAUGACGAGGAAGAAGUCCAUACGUUGCAGCUCACCGCUAAGCGUAUCGAAUUGAACCGCCGUGAGUUUGACCUGCUUGAUUGGUCUCUUAACGGCGCCCGGAUUUUUUUCAAGGACUAA